AUGAAAUUCCUCAAUCCGUUCAGCUUCAGUCCGGGGCCCGUCACCUUCUGGACAACGGCAGUCUACCUCGCUGUCACCAUACCGCUGAUUUACGUCCACGAAACGGUGCCGCCUGUUCCAUCCGAGCAUUCCCUCAAGCAAGGGUUGAAUCUGAGCGAAGCGUGGUUCGAUCUUCAAACCAUCACGAAACAGUACCAUCCGUACAACAGUCGGGCAAACGCCGAUGUCCGCGAGUACUUGAUUAAGCGCUCCCAGAAUAUCCUGGAUCGGAAUGGCGUUCCUUACAAAACUGAGACGACCGGGGGAGUGAUCUGGGAUGACAGGUAUCACAGGUUCGAACAAUCUACUGCUAGAGAUACCCUUGACGCGCCGAGAGCCAAGCGAGCACCAGGUGCCACAAUCUUCGAUGACCGCAUUUCGAACGUGACUUGGACCGUCGACUCGCUGUUGCAAAGCACCAAGGGCGGCUCAAAGACGUGGCAAGGCUAUUACUUCGAGGGUGACAACUUUUAUGUCUAUAUUCAUGGCAAAGAAGACCCCGAGGGCAACUGGUGGGCCUCUCAAGCCGGCGCUGCAAAGUACAGCAAAUCCGGCGGUGUUCUCGUCAAUUGCCAUUUUGACUCUGUCUCAACCGGAUAUGGUGCCACUGACGACGGCAUGUCGUGCGUAAGCAUGCUGCAGAUAUUGAGCUACUUCACCACCGAGGGACACCAGCCGAAACAUGGUGUUGUACUUCUCUUCAACAAUGCAGAAGAAGAUGGUCUCCUGGGAGCUCGUGCAUUUGGCUACAGCCCGCUUCUCAAGUUUUGCCACACAUUUGUCAACCUGGAGGGAGCUGGAGCCGGAGGCCGUGCUAUGCUUUUCAGAACCACCGAUCUUGAAGCUGCCGAGGUCUAUUCCAAGAGCCCUCAUCCCUUUGGAUCCGUCGUUGCGGCAAACGCGUUCGAGAGAGGAGUUAUCAAGAGUGGAACGGAUUUUGAAGUGUUUGCACCAAACUUUGGCCAGCGAGGUAUGGAUAUUGCCUUUUAUCAUCCUCGUUCACGCUAUCAUACCGAAGACGAUGAUGCGCGUCACACUUCUGUCCGCAGCAUUUGGCACAUGUUGUCUGCCGCUCUGGCAUCGGCAGAGAGAUUCUCUGAGAUUACUGGAACAGUCUUCAGCGGCGACCGUCCAGACGGUGAUAAAAGCUUGGCUCAGACGGGCAAGCCCACCGAGGGUGUCUAUUUUGAUUGGUAUGGCAGUGGAUGGUCGGCCUUCCCGCUUAGGGGGUUGUUUGCGUGGUCGCUCACGCUGCUCAUUGUGACACCCCUGGUUCUGUCCAUUGUUACACUUUUGCUGGUUCGUUCUGAUAGGUAUUACUUUUGGGCAAAGGACAUACAGCUGGAGCACUCUGAGAUGCAUGAUGACCCGAUUGCUCUUAGUGGCUGGCGUGGCUUCUUCCGAUAUCCUUUGGCCCUCAUCUUCGCCGCGGGUCUGACAAUCGGCGCGGUCUUGCUCGUUGCCAAGGUCAAUCCGCUCAUCAUCUACAGCAGCGGAUAUGCAGUCUGGGCUCAACUCCUGUCUCUAUUCUACUGCAGCUUCUGGCUCAUCAUGAGAGGCGCCAACUUUGUCAGGCCAACCGCUCUCCAUCGCGGAUUUGCCCUAAUUUGGCUGUUUAUCCUCUCUUGGAUUGUUCAAGUAAUUGCUGCUCUAGCCGAAGAUCGCAUACACGUCGGUGGUCUCUAUUUUACGGCAUUCUUCCACACGGCCAUCUUUGUGGCGCUCUUCAUUUCGCUGGUUGAGCAAUUUGCACUUCCUGGAAAGGAAGAAUUCGCCAACCAGUAUCAAGACGACGCUGCCCCAGAACAUACCAGGAUUGCCAGUUCCGAGAACACAAUCACGGGCCACGAAGACGAUCAAGACGAUCAGGGCUAUGCGGCAGCAGAGAGUGCUACCGAGACAACACCACUGAGAGCUGGAGAGCAAGGCUAUGGAUCGAACGACCAACAACCGACAUUUGCCAGUACUUACCGCCGGUCAGCUCAGGCAUAUGGCCAACCUGCUCCCUCGCCUUUGCGCAGCUAUCCUCCGUACGAACACGAACAGGCGUGGUCUGGACGACUGCCAACUUGGACUUGGAUUAUUCAGUUCCUCCUACUCGCUCCUAUCCACGUCAUCCUUGUGGGAAAUCUGGGAUUGGUGCAGACUUCUGCGAUGGCCAUGAACGGUGCCGAUGGCGGCAGUCUUUUGCCUCCCAUCAUGGGAGUCGGAAUCAUGUCAAUUCUCCUUCUGCUCCCUCUGACGCCGUUUAUGCACCGCAUCUCUCGCCACGUACCGCUAUUCCUUUUCGUGGUUUUUGUUGCCACAUUCAUCUACAACCUUGCUGCUUUCCCCUUUUCGAACAACGCUCGAUACAAACUCUACUUCCAAGAGGUCAUCGAUGUAGAUGCUGGAACAAACGUAGCUUCUCUAUCGGGCAUCUCGGAAUAUGUUCACGCAGUUGUCGCAUCUGUCCCGUCGGCUACCGGCCAAGAUAUUGAGUGCAAACCCUCGACACGUUCAGGCCUCACUGCUUGCGAAUACGAUGCGUCAUCUCUCCCACCUUAUCUUGCGAAUGGCACAGAACCGAAAGACUUGAUCACCGUGACAAGUUCAAAGUCAUUCGACGGCAAGACUGCCAAUGUCAAUGUAGAUGCUUUGGACACCAAGAUGUGCAUUUUGAUGCUUUCUCAGCCGGUAUUUGGAUUUGAGGUGAAGGGCGCAGCUCCUGCGGAUCGCCGAUUUGGCACAAUCCCGCGUGAUGGAUUGCGGGUGAUUACUCUCUUCAGACGAGAGUGGGAGGGGCCAUGGGACAUUACGCUACAGCUGACGGACGGCGACCGUGUCUUGGAUGAGGAUAAAUUGGAGGUGACCGUGAAGUGUGCCUACAGCGACAUGAACGACGACAAGACAAUACCCGUCCUGCGUGAGCUGUAUCAAUACAUGCCCAAGUGGGCAGUCAUCAGCAAGACGGCAGUUGGUCUGGUUGAAGUCAGGAAGAAAUUUACUGUAUCAUGA